AUGAGUCGUGAUGAUUCGUUUAAUGCGUUGGAAGCUCGACCCCCAAAUGAGAUUCCUGGGCAGCCGAGUGUCGAGUACCAGGACCGAAGCCACGAGGUGUCAUCCUUGUCAGCGAUGCAAUCCCAGCAAAUUCGGAGCUGCUCUUCCUCGCUUGUGCGAAUAUGGCAGUCCUGUCACUUUGUGCAGAUGGGGUGGCUGACAGCACGUGAAGCCAUUCAAUACGUAGACCUAUUUUUUAAGAAUAUGUCCCAGCUUUCGCCAGUCCUGACGGAUUUCUAUGCCCAGCACUCCAAUCAUCCUCAGCUUAUUACACAGGAGCCGAUGCUGUGCUGCACCAUGUUGAUGAUAUCUUCUCGGUAUCAUGUCUUACCUGGUGUCGGGAGCGCUGCGAAAGGGUACUUCCUCCACAACCGGCUUUGGAAACAUUGUGAGCAUUUGAUUUUGAGGAUCAUGCUAGGACAGGAAAAAGGAGCCCAGACAAAAGCUAGAUCAGUGGGUUCUAUCGAAGCCUUACUGUUGAUAAGCGAAUGGCAUCCAAGAUCACUUCACUUUCCUCCAGAAAGUCAUGGCUGGGACGCUGACCUCCUCAAGCGCUCUUUCCAGGACGAAGACCUAGAGAUGAAUGAGGCUGACACUUCUCUAGAUGACGAAGGAAGCAAUCCGUCGGCCCAAUGGCUUGAGGAAGUCAUUGAGCCGACGAGAAGGUCAGACCGUAUGUCAUGGAUGCUGCUAGGUUGUGCUAUGUCCUUGGCCCACGAACUGGGAGUUUAUGAGUCCAAGGCAGACUGCAGCACCUCACUGCCCUCUCAAACUCAAGAAAAAGAGACUCUGGAUCGCAAACGGCGCCUUCAGAAACUGCUAUACGUUUUCCACACCCAGCUUGCCUUACGCUUAGGGUACUUCUCUUCAAUACCAUCGUUGCUCCACCACAUGAUCCCCAAGGCGCAAUUUCCGGUGGACUCUUCGGUACCAGAAGGCCUGCAAUGGGACUUGUUCAUGGAUGCACAGAUUGACCUUACUAAACUCUCCAUCUCCGUUUCAGACAUAUUCUUUUCGUCUCCGUCAUCCACGCGGACUCUCCUUCUAAGUGGACGCUUCGCGAAUCAUGUCGACAACUUUCAGACUUUGCUGACCAGAUGGUACGAUGAAUAUCUAAAAUCGAACCGCAUCACCGAGACGACUCUAGCUCUUACAACGCGUAUAGAAUAUUAUUCAAUGCGAGCAUUGCUGAGCUCCGUCGGCAUGCAAGCAAUCGUCGAGAAAACUCUUGAGAACAACCCAGGUCUAAUGCCAGAAGAAGCUCGCCCAGUGGUUGCAGGGGACUCUGAUUACGAGUAUGUUCAGCAGGUGCUCGACAAUUGUUCCAAGAUCCUGCAGCUAUUUCAAGGCUAUGCGGAAAAGGAUCAUCUGUUUCAACUUCCAUCGAGGAUUGUAUGUCGCGUUUUCACGUCCUCAAUCCUGCUUAUCAAGGCCUUGAGCAUCGGUGUCAGGCAGACUCAAUUCGACGUAUCCCUGGAGAUUCUCAACAAUAGUAUACAAGCUUUAAAGUCUCAAAGACUAGACGAUCUGCAUUGCCUUCCACGAUACGCUGGGCUGUUGGACAUCCAGUUGAAACGCCUCCGUCGUUACUUCGCCGAGUCGUCGAGGUAUCCACUUGCGUCCGCCGCGGGUGCGACGACAGUCCCUGGGAUGCCAUCAGACCCUACAUCAACAUACCGGGAGGUUGAACCACAAGCGUCAGAUGCGAAUGCGCCUAGACUUGGAACCGAGUUGGAGUGGCCUGAUUUGAAUACGAGUAUGGAGAACUGGCUGCGGUUGCCAUUUGAUCCCUCAAUGGCUCCAUUUGACUUGACAGGAUCUCUGUCACAAACAGGAUUAGAUUUGAACGGGCUGGAUUUCAUGUGGAACAUCGGCAACGAGUAG